GCGAUGGCGUCUCUCCGCGCCAGCCAUUCAAUGAAGGGCUGAGAGGAGCCGCGCCUGAGCGUCCACAAAGCAAUCCAAGGCCGCCGCUGGGCCAAGCGCCUCCGUGGCUUUGUUAGAGCUCCGGGGGCCGGCCGCAUUGCCCGCCCCGGGGCGGUCGUUGCGGAGUCUUCGAGGCUGGUCCCUAGAUCGGUCGGACGCCGGCUGAGAGGAGGCGGCGGCGUCCUUUUUGGCUGAUCCCGGGCUGCCCGCCGCCGCCACGAUGAAGCUGGUGCGGAAGGACAUCGAGAAGGAUAACGCCGGGCAAGUGACGCUCAUCCCCGAGGACCCCGAGGAUAUGUGGCAUGCCUACAAUCUGCUGCAGGUGGGCGACAGCCUGCGGGCCUCCACCAUCCGAAAGGUGCAGACGGAGUCGUCCACGGGCAGCGUGGGCAGCAACCGCAUCCGCACCACGCUCACCCUCUGCGUGGAGACCAUCGACUUCGACUCGCAGGCCUGCCAGCUGCGCGUCAAAGGCACCAACAUCCAGGAGAACGAGUACGUCAAGAUGGGCGCCUAUCACACCAUCGAGCUGGAACCCAACCGGCAGUUCACGCUGGCCAAAAAACAGUGGGACAGCGUGGUGCUGGAGCGGAUCGAGCAGGCCUGCGACCCGGCCUGGAGCGCUGACCUGGCCGCCGUGGUGAUGCAGGAAGGGCUGGCCCACGUCUGCCUGGUCACCCCCAGUAUGACGCUGACCCGGGCCAAGAUCGAGGUGAACAUCCCUCGAAAACGCCGCGGCAACUGCUCCCAGCACGACCGGGCCUUGGAGAGGUUUUACGAGCAAGUGAUGCAGGCCAUUCAGCGGCACCUUAAUUUUGACGUGGUCAAGUGUGUCCUGGUGGCCAGUCCGGGUUUCGUGAGAGAGCAGUUCUGCGACUACAUGUUCCAGCAGGCUGUCAAGACGGAUAACAAGUUGUUGCUGGAGAAUCGCUCCAAAUUCUUACAGGUAAAUUCAGUAGUUUAG